AACCAUAGAUGUUCAUAACAACGACGGGGAGCUGCGUUCAUCAUAUAUGUUUUCCGGGUAGCCUCUGAGUUACCCUGUUUCAACGUCACCAUGAUCCUCAGUACAAUCCACAGGUCCCGUAUUGCCUUCCGGACGUUAAUCGUUAGGGGGCACAUGCCGGCACCACGUUUUACGGGCCAGAGGAAACUGUGCAGCCGACCGCAGGAGACGGCCAAACCACCAGCCAGCGAAGCUCAGCCUGGCACACCUGCUGCUGCCCAGCCUGUGUUCCGAAUCCCAGGCCACAAGCCCACAGAUUUUGAUAAGAAGAUCCUGAUCUGGGCAGGCCGAUUCAAGACCAAGGAGCAGGUUCCCAACAUGGUGUCGAUGGAGAUGAUUGAGGCUGCCAGGAACAAAGUCAGGGUGAAGGUCUGCUAUCUGAUGAUACUGGCAACCAUUAUGGGCUGCCUAGUAAUGGCUGUCUUGGGGAAACAGGCUGCAGCGAGACACGAGUCCCUGACUUCCUGGAACAUGGAGAGGAAGGCUCGAUGGAGACAGGAGGCCCAGCAAGAGCAAGUGGCAGCCACCGUGGUCGACCGGAAGCUACAGUGAAGAGUGAGAGUGUGCCCUCUUUGUGCCAAAGUGGGAACUGCGGUAGAAGAAGAGGAAGCCCUGCAGUAGAGUUGUGAUUCCUAGUGAAAUGCUUCUAUUUUUCCUCAAUACUGUAAUUGUUGUUUUGGGAAAUAUUAAAGGACUCAGACCUC